AUGUCCACCACAACUUCACCGUCGUUCACUCCUAAAGCCAUCAUCUUCGAUCUCCUAACGGCGCUGCUCGACUCAUGGACUAUAUGGAAUGCUUCGACGCCAACAGGGACGGCUGCGGAGGGCCGCAAAUGGCGAGAGCGUUAUCUGGAAUUGACCUUCGGUCAAGGAGCAUAUGCCCCGUACGAGGCUUUGGUGAUGCAGGCUGCGGACGACGUCAACUUGCCACGAUCUGCACCCGAGGCUCUGAUCAGGGACUGGCCCAACCUGGCGGCAUGGCCAGAGGUUGGCGAUGUCCUGUCGCGUUUGCGGAAGAAAGGCUACAAGCUCGGCGUCGUCACGAAUUGUUCCAGGGAGGAGGGCAAUAUGGCGGUGAGAAAUGUGGAGAAGGCGGUUACGGAGAACGGGCAGAGGAACUUCAGGUUCGACGCGGCUAUCACAGCUGAGGAGAGCGGGUUCUACAAGCCGGUGCUCCAGGCAUACCAUGCCAUCUUACCUGAGCUUGGCGUUUCGGCAGACGAGGUACUAUUUGUGGCUGGGAGUAACGGAGAUGUCGAGGGUGCAACCGAGGCAGGUUUCAAGGUUGUCUGGCACAACAAGAUAGGCCUACCUAAGAAGGGUCAUGCGGAGCCGCUGAGGGAAAGCAGGACAUUGGAUGAUGCAUUGAAGGAUUUUGUGUGA